AUGGCAACAGAACGUUGUGCUGACUGUCUCCUUAGCAACGGGAGGGCGCUGCUCCCUGCCUUGCCCUUUUGCAGGCGCUGGGACGGCAGCUGGGGGCCCACGGCUCCCCACUCCCUGAGCCGAGGGUCCCUGCGGGGGGCUGGGCCACGAUGGCUUUCGAACUGGAAGAAUAUCUGCGGGCAGCUUUCCGGGACAAGCUGCUGCUGCCGUGAGAAAAUGCCUGAAAGAGAAGACGACUACCUGACCCCUGCCACCCGCCUGCUGGAGAAGAGGAGGGAGCUGGCAGAGGUGGAACAAGCCCUGUUGGCACAGAAAGAGGAGUUCCAGAUGAAGAUGGAGAGCCUGCAGCAGCGCCGGAAGGAACUGCAUUACAAGGAGGGGCAGCUCAAGGAGGCCAUCUUCAAAUUUGACAAGUUCCUAAAGGACAAUGACGCCAAGCGGAGCCGGGCGCUGCACAAGGUGAGUGAGCAGCGGGAGCAGGUGGUGCAGAAGGUCGUGGAGGCCAUGCGGUUGCGCCAGGAGAUUGCCCGGCUGCUCGUGGAGAGGGACAGGCUGCAGCGGCGCCUGGAAGCCCAUGGCAUCUUCCGGAGCUAUCUCCAGGGGGUGUUGGAGAAGACCGAGCAGUUUCAGGACAUCCAGCUGCUGAUUGACCGCUUCAGGACGCUGAGGGCCACCCACGCGGUGCUGGUGCAGCAGGACCUGGGGAGCCGGGAGGCGAUGGCGGAGACGCAGGCCCAGCUCCAGCAGUACCUGGCGCAGAGCAGCACCCAGAUCAUGGAGCUCAACAACCAGCUGGCCCUGCUGCAGGCCCAGCGGGAGCAGGCCCGGGCCAAGGUGCACCAGUGGGAGUCCAAGUGGACUGAGAUCCAGAGCACAGCCGCCAAGAAGACCCUGCAACUGGGGCAGAUCAAGAUGGCUGCCCUCAACCUCUUCCAGCUGGCGACAAAGCAAAUGAAGCUGCAGGUGGACGUCCCCCUGGAGGACACAGAAACCCAGCUUGACACGGUUCAGCUCUGCAUGCUCGACCUGGCUGACAUCCUUGCUGACCUCCGCCAAGGGGAGCCCGUGCCUGCCAUACAGCCCUCGCCUGCUGCUGCCAGCUAAGCCACUCAGCAUCCUCCCAGCUGCACCGCCUCCACUCUGGACCAGGGCCUUGUGCCAACAGCCACCAGACCUGUCAGAGCAGCUUCCGCUCCUGCUGCCCCAUGGAAUCAUCGCACCUGCAGCCUUUGCAUGUGCUAUGGCCACUUCUAUGGACAGCCCCAAGCAGCAGGACUUUGCUGCCUAGGAGAAGGCUCCUGAAAUGAUGGGACAGAAGUCCGUGAUCUUCAGGUAUUUCCAGCCAUCAACUCUGCCUACUGAUGCACCAUUAACCCCAAGGUCUGGAGUCUUCCAACCUUCUUCUGUAACAGCAGGACUGAUGUACAAUGCACAGCCCCUCUGGGGAAAUACUUUGUUCUAUCCUUGAGCAAUUCAGGGAUUAAAGCAGCAACUGUCUGACCCAGUUUAAAACACUUCAUCACCUCCUUGAUUUAGUUAAACAAGGUUCCAAAAUCCAACCUAUGGGCAUGCACAACAGCUGGGCCCAAACUAGCCUCGGUCAGUUUCUCCAGCCAAUGUCCCCUUAGGCUGUUGUCUGUGUUGCAUGCACAGCAAGGAGGUUAAAAGACAAUAGAAAAAAUUGUUUAUUGGAGUAAAAAAAAUGUGGGCCAUUAUUUACAUUGACUUUUGAUACAAAGCUUAGUUCAAUUUAGGCUGAAAAAAAAAGUAAGGCCCCUUUUUAAAAACAAGUCAAACUCUGCUCCAUUUCCCCACUUUGCAUACUGCCAUGCAGCCCUGAGCAGGAGAAAACAGCUGAGGGGACCCAGGAAGCAUUUAAAGUCUCAAGCAAGUGAUGUUUUCUUACUGCAGGUGGCUGGCUCAGGGACUGCACAUGCUGCCUGUUGCCACCUGCACUGUUAUAGGCAACACUGGAUUGCAGAAGUAUCUUUAACUGUCCCAGUUUGUACUGGCCAUGGUGUGGCUGCCCAUUGCAUCUUUACUCAUUUUCCUUUGGGGACAUCCCUCCAUCUUUUUAUGUGCCGAGAGUGGAGGACUUUGCACAGCUGGUAUCAGAGGAGAAAAACACCCCCAUGCUUCUCUGUAGAAAGCACAUGUGCAGGUUUUCACCAACAGUUUUGGGGGUUCUUUAUUAAAAGAUGGAUUUUCUAAUCA